AUGUCAGAUAACGCUUUAUCCGCGUCGCCGGUGGGAACCGCUGCGCCAGCUACAGCAUCGUCGAGUGAAGCCGUCCCAUCGAAGAAAAAGCGAGUGAGGGCGCCCUAUCCUCCCAUAUACGUAAUGGUCAACGACGCCAUAGCAAGCCUGAAAAAACGCGGAGGAUCGUCGCUGCAGGCGAUCAAGAAAUAUAUGUCGGCCAAUUAUAAAAUCGACGCCGAGAAAAAAUCAACAUACAUCAGAAAGUAUUUAAUGUCGGCAGUUGAAAUGGGAACACUCAUUCAUACGAGAGGCAACGGUGCUUCGGGAUUAUGA